AAAAGUUUGGAAUUUCAUCAUUAGCCAGCCCAGCUCUAUAGUUUUCUUUCUUCUCUGGUGGGAACCUUCAUUUCUCUUUCUCCUUUGGAGUUUUCUUGAGCCUUAUUAGUGUUUGCUCCAUUUCAUACGUCUUCUUCUGGGUUUGUGUUUACACACAUAAAACUCUGAUCUGUCUUUCUCUUUUUUUUUUUUGCUCUUAAUCUAAGAGUAUAGAUAGAGCGUGAGUGAGUCAUUGGUGUUUAAAUGGGAGCUUGUUUCAGCAAUCAGAUCAGAACAGAUAUUGCUUCCAGCACAUGGCUGAGUUCGAAAUUCUUGAGUAGGGAUGGGAGCAAGGGCUCGUCCACUACUUCCUUCUCUCAUAUGCCUCGAACUGAAGGAGAGAUAUUGCAAAAUGCUAACCUGAAGAACUUUAGCCUCAGUGAACUCAAGUCAGCAACGAGGAACUUCAGGCCUGAUAGUAUGGUUGGUGAAGGUGGUUUUGGUCGCGUUUUCAAAGGAUGGAUCGAUGAGACUUCCUUGGCUCCUUCCAAACCGGGGAACGGAAUCGUCAUUGCGGUGAAAAGACUUAACCAAGAAGGCCUUCAAGGUCAUCGAGAAUGGCUGGCGGAGAUCAAUUAUUUAGGUCAGCUGGAUCAUCCUAACCUUGUGAAAUUGAUUGGAUACUGCUUGGAUGAAGAACAAAGGCUACUUGUAUACACGUUCAUGCCCCGUGGUAGUCUUGAGAAUCACUUAUUCAGAAAAGGAACAUUCUUUCAGCCACUUUCAUGGAACACGCGGGUUCGAAUGGCUCUUGGUGCAGCUAGAGGACUCGCUUUUCUUCACAAUGCUCAACCUCAAGUUAUUUACCGAGACUUCAAAGCAUCUAACAUCUUGCUAGAUUCAAACUACAACGCAAAGCUUUCAGACUUCGGGUUGGCUAGAGAUGGUCCAAUGGGUGACAUUAGUCAUGUAACUACCAGAGUCGUGGGAACUCAAGGAUACGCUGCUCCAGAGUAUUUAGCUACUGGUCAUUUAUCGGCAAAGAGCGAUGUGUACAGCUUCGGGGUUGUGUUACUGGAGUUUUUAUCAGGAAGACGAGCCAUAGACAAGAACCAGCCAGUAGGAGAACAUAAUCUAGUGGAAUGGGCAAGACCUUACUUAACAAACAAAAGAAGGCUUCUCCGAGUGAUGGAUCCUCGUCUCCAAGGUCAAUACUCGCUUACCCAGGCUUUAAAAAUUGCAGGUCUUGCACUCGACUGCAUAACUAUAGAUUACAAGGUUAGACCAAACAUGAAUGAAAUCGUCAAGACACUUGAAGAACUUCAUGUCCCAAAGGAAACACCAAAAGAACAGCAGAGUCUUCAACCCAGCAGUGACAGCAACAACAAAUCUCCACAAGCUGUGAAUUAUCCUAGGCCUUCAAUUAUGUAACAAUCCACAAGAUGUGAUUUCACCGGGGAUUUAGAUUACAGAUUACAAGAUUAGUGCUGGCAAUAUUAAUAGUAUGUUCAUUCAACUAUCAAUAUUAUAUGUAUUUUGGUUAAUAUACUACUAGUGUUGACAAGAUUAUUAAUAUGUUGGUUACUAUAUUACUUACCUAUCAAAGAUUAUAUGCAUGUUUGGUUACUAUUUUACUCAA